AUGCUCACCUCUCGCGGUGUCGCUCGUAUCUCGAGGAGAGCAGUAAACAGCGCAAAAACUAACGCGUUCUUCUCCACCGCUGCCGUCGCCAGCAGAGUCUCCCUCCCCGCCAGCCGCAAACAGUCGUCUGCUUCCCGACCUGCUCGUGCUUCCGCGUCACAACCUGCGCGUACAUAUGCUACCGAGGCAAAGACCGCUGUCGGUUCCAUAAAACAGGUCAUUGGUGCCGUCGUCGACGUUCAGUUUGAUACUGAGAACCUACCACCUAUCCUCAAUGCCCUGGAGGUGCAAGACUUUGCUGGUGGCCGCCUCGUUCUCGAGGUUGCCUCCCAUUUGGGUGAGAACUCAGUCCGAACCAUUGCUAUGGAUGGUACGGAAGGUCUCGUUCGUGGCCAGAAGGUUGUCGAUACCGGCAACCCCAUCAUGGUGCCUGUUGGGAAGGGUACGCUCGGACGUAUCAUGAACGUCAUCGGUGAGGCUAUUGACGAGCGGGGACCCAUCAAGGGUGAUAAGCUCUGCCCGAUUCACGCCGACCCUCCCCCAUUCGUUGAUCAGUCAACGACUGCUGAGGUUCUCGAAACCGGUAUCAAGGUUGUGGAUCUUCUUGCUCCCUACGCCCGUGGUGGAAAGAUCGGUCUCUUCGGAGGUGCUGGUGUCGGAAAGACCGUGUUGAUUCAAGAGCUCAUCAACAACGUCGCCAAGGCCCAUGGUGGUUUCUCCAUCUUCUGUGGUGUCGGAGAACGUACUCGCGAGGGUAACGAUUUGUACCACGAAAUGAUUGAAACCGGUGUCAUCAACCUUGAGGGUGACUCAAAGGUCGCUCUCGUCUUCGGUCAGAUGAACGAGCCCCCUGGUGCCCGUGCCCGUGUCGCCCUUACCGGUCUUACCAUUGCCGAAUACUUCCGUGACGAGGAAGGCCAGGAUGUGCUGCUCUUCAUUGACAACAUUUUCCGCUUCACUCAAGCUGGUUCGGAAGUGUCAGCUCUUCUCGGUCGUAUCCCCUCCGCCGUCGGUUACCAACCAACUCUUUCCACUGACAUGGGUGGCAUGCAAGAGCGUAUCACCACCACCAAGAAGGGUUCAAUUACAUCCGUCCAGGCCGUCUACGUCCCAGCCGAUGAUCUGACUGAUCCCGCUCCUGCCACCACCUUCGCCCACUUGGACGCCACCACCGUGUUGUCUCGUGGUAUUGCUGAACUCGGUAUCUAUCCCGCUGUCGAUCCUUUGGACUCGAAGUCGCGUAUGCUUGAUCCUCGUAUUGUCGGAACUGAGCACUACGAAGUCGCCACCGCUGUACAGAAGAUUCUCCAAGAUUACAAGUCCCUCCAAGAUAUCAUUGCUAUUUUGGGUAUGGACGAGUUGUCAGAAGAGGACAAACUUACUGUCGAACGUGCCCGUAAGAUCCAGCGUUUCAUGUCGCAACCUUUCCAGGUCGCCCAGGUCUUCACUGGUUACGAAGGCAAGCUCGUGCCAUUGAAGGACACCGUGCGCUCUUUCCGUGAAAUCCUCUCUGGCACCCACGACUCCCUCCCCGAAUCCGCUUUCUACAUGGCUGGCACAAUCGAGGACGUGAAGGCUAAGGCUGAGCAACUCGCGAAGGAGAUGGGCAACUAA